CAGCCUUAUGGGGCAGGGCUUCCUGUGCCAGGACGACGAUGGGGAGUGACGAGGCAGCGUCGCCGGUGCCGAUAGACGAGUUGAGCAAAAUGCGGAUCACCAGCUUGUGGAGCGUCCUGCUAUCUGUUCAGUGGUCAGAGCCGUGGCUGAUUGGACUGCUAGCUUUUCAUGCCUUUUGCUUUCUACUUACCUUGACAACAGUUAAAUUCUACAGAUUUCAGAUUGCUCAUUUCCUUUUUAUGAUUGUGUUAGUAUUCUGUGCAGAAUACAUUAAUGAAAUGGCAGCAUUGAACUGGAGAUUAUUCUCGAUGUACCAGUACUUUGAUUCCAAUGGGAUGUUCAUUUCACUCAUCUUUUCAACCCCACUUUUAUUGAACACUAUGAUCAUCGUGAUUGUGUGGAUAUACAGAACAUUGGCAACUAUGACAGAACUGAAGUCGCUGAAGCAGAAAAGAAGUGCGAACAAGGCAAAGGGAAAGAAAGAUAAAUAAGACAUUUUUAUCUCUAAAGUUGUUCUGAAGCCCUGCACAUAGUCUCCAAAUCAUCCAGGAUUAUCUCUUUGUCCACUCUGUACAGCUGGGCAAAGCAUCAUCGUGAAUAUAAACCUCGGAGAUGUUAAAGGUGUUACUGUUGUUUACACCUGUGCUGACUUUUUAACUCCUAUUAAUGAAUUAGGGAAAUAUAGCCUUUGUUGCUAUAAAUCUCUCUCGUGAUCUCUUAGCGCACAGCAUGUUCUUCUUUGUUAAAUAAUGAUUUAGAUAUCGAACAGGAUCAGUCAUAUGUCAAAAUUAGUCUUGACUACUCAGCGUAGUGACUUGGUGAUCAGUUUCUGUUUUUAGCACAAGUGUGCAGGUCUUAAAACACAAACUGAAGGCUGGAAAAUGAUGAGUGACAUUUGAUAUGUACCUCAACAUAUAUGAAGCACUUCAGUCGAAGACAGUUUACUUUUUUGGCUCACCUUUACAUAUCAGUUCAGAGUCUUGUUUACAUCUCACAUCAUGGUAAAAUCCAUGUUUUGAGCAUGUCCUUGAGCUUGUGAACAGUGCAUAUUGCACUGUUAUUUUACGUGUACUUUAUUCAUCGGUGUCUUUAUCAAUGUUGCCUUUAGCUGCCACAAGGGUUUUUACAAUACGAAGAUAACUUUUCCUGGAAAUGCAAGUCCAGAUAUUAUUUUGAAAGUGUGGGUGUAUGUGAAGACGCAUGCGAUACAAUGGUUUAUUUAGCUCUCACUAUAUGGGAUAUAGGGUACAUAUGAGCAAAAUAUCUGAAAAGGAUGGUGGGCUGUUUGUCCAAAUUCUCGGCAGAAGUGAAGAGCAAAAAAAUGCAGUUCUAAUAACAAAUUGAGGAGGAAAAUACCCUUUGCUAUCCACAUCGGAUACAUAUGUACAGGUGAAUGCUCUUACUAAAACUACCAGAGAGUACAGUUCAGUGAAGGUUAUAUCAUUAAAAUAUCAAAUGUGGAAUAUUUCUGAUUCUUUGGGGAAUCUAGCUGGAACCCUCAAACAGACUGCACUGGACAAUAACUUAACAUCAACGUAUAACCAUUCACAGAAUUUCAUGUCCUCAGGUGAUUUAUUCAGCUGGUGCAGCCAACUUUUAUGAGGAAGGAACCUGUGUCUAUAUCAGUCAAAUCUUCAAGGCUGGAGUCAGCCAAGAGUUUCCUGAUCACCACAUGUUUUGUGGUCCUUACCGCCAAAUAUAUUGGUUAGUGGAAGAUUGCAGAUUUUCCGCUCUGUACAUCUUGUGUAAACAUGUUUAUAAGUAUAUAUCAGAUAGGGAUAUUUGAGUAUUUUUAUAUAUCUGUUGAAUAUAAUUCAUCAAAUGUUUCCAUGCUUUUGCUUAUAUUGAUAAGGGCACUUUAAAAGAUGAAGGAGAGGCCCAGAUUGUUUAUUUUGAAGGGGAGAUUAGCAAAUUUAUAAGUUACUUUGAUGUUAUGAAGCAAAUAUCAUACUAUUUUGGCUGAACUCAAGUGGCCAUUAUGUUUCUUCCUUGAAGAAACAACUGCUCAUUCAUAAAUCAGCUGUUUAAUCACACAUACUUGAUGUAGAGUUAUAUUCUCUGGGAUUUCAA